AUGCAUGCUGAGAUCUUCACUUCAGAAACAGGGUUCAUUCUCUUAGGACUCACAUCUUAUCAAAAUCAAUGCAUUGUGCUAUUUGUGGUCUCCCUAACAAUGUACUUACUCACAGUUUUGGGUAACCUGCUAAUUAUCAUAUUGGUAAACAUUGAUGCUCAACUGCACACACCUAUGUACUUCUUCCUCAGCCAUCUUGCAAGCAUGGACAUAGGGUAUGUCACCAGCUCUGUGCCUCAGACUUUAGCCCACCUGUUGGCUGGAAAGGGAGUGCUUUCCUCAAUAGGUUGCAUCUUACAGGGAGACACUACUCUGAGCUUGGGCAUUACUGAAUGUUUGCUGUUGGGUGUCAUGGCUUAUGAUCGCUACAUGGCCAUCUGCAACCCCUUGAGAUAUGCCUCUGCUAUGGACAGAAAGCACCAACAUCUCCUUGCCACCUCCUGCUGGAUCAUAGGCUGUCUUCUCUCAACUGUCACUAUUGUUUGCAUCUUUCAUCAUUCCUUCUGUGGUCCCAAUUUCAUUAACCACUUUUUCUGUGAGCUGCGUUUUUUGCUAGAUCUUACAUGUGAUGAUGUAAAGCACACCAAAGACAUACUUAAUGGCCUAUUAGUAUUUGAAGUUUUGGUUCCCUUUUCAGUUAUCUUGUGUUCCUAUAGUUGCAUCCUCCAUUCAAUUUUUCAAAUGCAGUCAGUUGCGGGACGUUAUAAGGUUUUCUCCACCUGUGGCUCCCACCUUACUGUGGUUAGCUUGUUCUAUGGUACCAUCAUGUCUAUAUACAUAAUCCCCCAAUCAAACUCAUCUCCUGAUCAGAACAAAAAGGUUGCAGUUAUGUAUCUUGUGGUCACUCCCCUGCUUAACACCAUCAUUUACACUUUGUGGAAUAAGGAUGUCCACAGGGCUGUGAUCAAGGUGUUGAAAAGAAGGAACUUUGAAGAAAAACCAUGA